CAUUCAACACUGCCUCAACCCCCCCAGUCCUCUCGCCUCCUCUCUACCCUCCCCAUCUUCGUCUUCGUCUUCUUCUGCUUCACCAUUGAUCGUCUGCCUGUCUGUCUGCCUGCCUGCCUGUACGUCUCGACGCGACCAUGCGGAACUUUUCGUUUGUCGUCCAGUCAGGCACCACCCUCGAUGCCCCGAGCAUGAAGAGUGUUCGUUCGCACGUCACCCGCGAACAGAUGAAGAAGCGUCGCACCCUCCUCGAGCAGCAGCAACAGCAACAGCAACAACAACAAGAACAGCUGCAGCACGCCGGCUCCGACAAGGCCCAGCAGCAGCAGCAGCAUAAGCCAGACCCACCUCCACCACGCAAAGCCCGCCCGCUUACCUCAAAGACAAAGAGGAACCCGAGGGGCAAGAAGAAAGUAAUCCCUGAGGAUCAGGAUGAGCAAGUGGAGAUGGAAAUCCGCCGUCGGGAGGAGCAUGACGAUGACCGUCACUCCAGCAGCACUGCUCCACACCUCCUCCUACAAUCCGACCACACCUCCGCCUCCACCUCCGCAACGUCCAGCUCUGCAGCAGUAGUAGCCGUUGCCCCCACCUGCUGCUCCUCUCCUAGCGGCCAGCUUACCGGUACCGCUGCCGAAUUCACCUCCAUGCCCUUUAGCAGACGACGCAUGAUGCAGUUCUUCAAUCGCUACUACGAGUUCAUGGGCCUCUAUUCCGUCGCCAGUCCCGGCAUAGAGUCCGAGUAUUCGCCCUUUGCUGGUCAACUGCAACAGGAGUCCUUCACCAAUCCCGCAUGGCUCACCUCCAUCGCCCUGGUCGCCACCCAGAAGCUUGACAUCUACCGCGAGCGCGAAACCACCGAUCUGCUAAAGUACAAGGCACUCGCCCUCAACGCCCUCAGCAAGAAGAUCAAAGCCUCCGAGGUCGAGGAGACUACCAUCCUGUCCGUCAUCGCCUUUUUCACCUACGAGGUAAGUCGAGUCGUGCUCCCGUCACGUGCUCCCCCCAGACCUUGGUCUCACUCUGCGCUUUCUUCAGGUACUGGCCAGUGAUGGAACUCCCGAAACAGAGAGCGCCGUCAUGGCUCAUUACCACGGCAUCCUCGCCUACGUCAAGAGCAAGGGUGGUCCUGCCGCUCUGG